AUGGCGGACGAAGUUGAGCAAGCUGUUGUUACCACAGAAGGUAACGCGCAGAACGAAGAGGCUGCAGUGGGGCGAUUAACACAGUUUCCACAAACUCGAGUUCGUAAUAUGAUGAAGAUUGAUCCUGAUUUGCAUUUGGCUAACAGAGAGUCGGUAUUCCUCUUAACGAAGGCAGCAGUAAGUUUGAAUAUAAUCACUGCGUUUUUUUUAAUUUCCAUAAAUAAAAUCAGAAGUAAAGCUUUAAGAGCCUUCUAUACAAUAUCUGCGCCCCCUAUACUAUUAAUGAAGAGUUUCUUUUUUCUUUCCCGUUCAGAGAAUUAUUCAUAGGGUUUACCGGUUGCCUCUCUUCACAAAUAAACAUUUAUUCCGUCAUGUCCUCAAAAAUUGUAUUGCUUUUAUUCAGUACUCGUCAGAACAUUUGGCGAUAUUAAUUUACCCUUCUUCAGAAAAGAGCCAUUUUAAUCCUAGGUUGGUAUUUUACAGCCCUCUUAAUCAGAAAAAUCGUAUCAUCCAUCCGCAUAUCGAUGAUGUGACUUAUCCCUCAUCCUUUUGGAAAUAUAUUUGCUUGGAAUUUUCCCCCAUUAGAAAUUGACAUUUCGGAUGCUAGUAAAAUCCAGCUAGUGGUCUAUUAUAAAUGCUGCGUUCUGAUUGGUUGAGCUACUACUAGGCUAUAAGUUAUAGCCCAGUAGUAACAAAAAGUGCCCGAUUUUUGGCAGCAAAAAAGGAUUAAAGCUUUGCUUUAAGUUGUUUUGUCUGGAUAUUUUUGACCAAUUAGUUGGAUGUUACUAAAACAAUUAUUCCUUUCGCCCUCAUGGCCUCUGAGUCAAUAGCCCAUUCGGCCUCAUGGGCUAUUGACUCAGAGCCCAUUCGGGCUCGAGGAAAAAUUGUUAAAUACCUGUUUUCAGAAAAAACCUCUUGCCUAGUAACGCCCCCCCGCCCCCUCCCUCCAUCAGAAAAUCGUAUUUAUAAGGGUGAGGGUGGAGGGCAGUGGGUAUAAAAAGUAGAAUGGUCCUUUUAUAAGAUUAAACAGUUUUUGGUGAGAUUUUCACACAACCCCAUACAUUUAUAUACAUGCAGCAAGUUCAAAGUAUUUCCUAAAAUUUUUAGUUUUUAAUACUGUGAAUAAAGUCGAGACCUGCACGCAUGAUAAAUUAUUUAUAGGGCUGGACAGUAAUAGUUUAACCCUCCAAUAGGAAAAUACCAGUAUGCUCAACCCUUCCCCCCCUAAAAGGGAGUUUGAUUACCUACUAUUAUUUUUCACAUAUUUGUGUUUUACUUAAGAUUUAUCUUGAAAUUGCACAAAUAUUUCUCUUUACGUAUUGAUUCGACAACUCGACAACUUUGUAGGAGCUAUUUGUUGAAUAUUUUGCCAAAGAGGCACACAAAAGGACUGUCAUAGGGAAAAGAAAGACGAUACAGAGAAGAGAUCUGGGUAAGCUCAAUCCUUUAUGCUUGUUCUGGGCCCGGUUCCUGAAAGGGCGAUUAGCUUUAAUCCAGCAUUAAAAUUUUGUUCCGUUUUUGUAUUUUACAUUCCUAUGCAUUGCUUAGGGUAACAUUUUGUGUUAUCAUUACUACACCUUGUAGUAAAGACUCAACAGUAUUUUGUAACCUCGAGUUGCAUGUUCUUAAAUGAGGAAACCAGGCUUAAAAUUUGGCUUAAUCCUGGGGUUAAACUUAACCAUCUUUCAAGGAGCCGGGCGCUGGAGAUUUGUAGGAGAAUUAACCUGCAUAAUAUUCUGUUACCUUUCAUCCCUCCCUGUCACUGAGGCGUUUGGCACAAGAAAUGUCUCUAAUUUGGCCCACAAAUAUUUCAUACUGAUGUUUGUAAAUAUUUGUUUAAUCUGGUAGUAACAGGACUCUGGAUGCAAAUUUGUUCAAGUUUCUGUUUUCACCUAGUUGAUUAUGGUAAAAUUUUGAGUUCUGCUGUGAAUUUGGCAACAGCAAAACUGAAGAACCUCUGGUAAAGCAAGUAUAUUCCGUGGAAAUUGUGGUUCUUGGUAGAUCAACUGCUUGUACAUUUGAUAUUUAUGACAUACGGCUGAAGGAGAGUAGUAGCAACCAAUCAUAACUCCUUUAUACCAGAUUCUGGACAGACUUUUUUUUAAGUAUUGAUGGGCCAAAAUACACAGGUCUUACUCAGAAACAUCCCCAGCAAUGGGGAGCUACAUGUAUGAGAGGUAGCUGUGUUCACAGACUAAGUAAACUUCUUGAAAACCUUUAAUCACGUGUCACUGCUGCAGAAAUGAUUAUGUGGUUCUACUUUUUUUAUAGAUACAACUAUUGAUGAAAAUGAAGAAAUGGCAUUCUUAGAGGGUAAAUAUUAUAAACAAUUGACUAUAUAA